GGCCCCCAGCAUGCUUGAGAUUGCCGUUCAGAGUGCUAAGGCUUACCUACUGAAGACCAGUAGCAAGUCAGGCUUAAAUCUAUAUGACCAUCUUUCUAAUAUGCUGACCAGGAUCUUAGAUGAGCGUCCUGAAAAUGCUGUGGACAUCAUUGAAAAUAUUAGCCAAGAUGUAAAGAUGGCACAUUUUAGUAAAAAACUAGAUACACUCCAAAAUGAGAAUGAGAUGCUUCCAACAUAUGAAAUAGCAGAGAAGCAAAAGGCUCUUUUUCUCCAGGGAAAUUUGGAUGGAGCUGACCAAGAACUGGAAGACGAAAUAGUAAGUCACUACUGUAAAUCUGAAUAGUUCAAACCUGAGGU